AUGUCUCAUGAGCUUCAAAUUGGUAAUAGUGGUGUGCAAUCAUAUGAUCAAGAGACUCCAACACCAAAAUCUUGCACUCAAGGUGGCUUGGAAACUAUAAACCUUGAUCAAGAAACUGGAUCCGCACCGGCUAUAAAUACACCGAAAAUAAGAUUCCAACCAAACGAGGAUGAACGUCUUAUUCAAUCAUGGUUCAACAUUUCAAAGGACUCGAUUGUUGGGAUUGAUCAAAAAGGAGAUAGUUUUUGGAAGAAGAUUAGUGAAGCUUAUAACAACCACUACGACAAAAAUUGUCAAGAGAGGAAUUUCAUGGCACUAAAAGGUCGAUGGCACAAAACGAUCAAUCCUUAUGUUCCAAAGUUUGUUGGGUGCUACAAACAAGCCGUUGGUUUGAAAAAAAGUGGUAGCUCCGAGAGCGACAUUAUUUCGGCUGCACAUGAUGUUUUUCACCACGACAUGCAUAUAAAAUUCACAUUUGAGGGUGCGCGGAGAUUGAUGAAGGAUGAUCCCAAAUGGAGUGCGUGA